ACCGGGAGCUCUCGACGGGGCAUACACCGUCAAUGGCGCUGGUGUUACAAGACGAGCCCGAGGAAGACGCCACUCAACGUGCUGCAAGGCCUCAGCCGCCUCCGGCAGAAUUUUCCGUUACGAAAGAAGAGCCGAAUGCUCAAGCACCAGCGGGGGAGAAUUCUGCUCCCACUCCUGCAGUUAGAAUUGGUCAACUCGACUCCGAGCCGGAAUAUCAGCCAAGAGACUUGCUCAGCGAGCAUGAUCAAAAUAAAACUGAAGCUACAGACAUAGUUGUUAUCUCACCUGUAGUCUCGACAGACCGUCUCCAAAGUGGGCAAGAAGAAAGGAAGAAGCUUGACGCACACAAGCUUCUUCCAGCACACAUUGAAGAAGCAGCUCCUGCAGCCGAAACUGCAGCUCAGGUCGAAACUAAACCUGUUGUGGAGGUUACUGCUGCAGAAGAAAGAGGGGAGCCAGAAGCAAAAGCAGAUAUUCAGCCGCCUGAAAUCGUGGAUCAGCUUGCCCUUUCCCCAAUGGUGUCGGGAGGCCUACUUGAAGAAGAUAUCACGAUUAUGGAACAUGCCAAGCCUGAAGAAGCCGAAGCAUCAGAAAUAACAGCUGCCACACCUAGUCCUACCGCCAAGACAUCUGACACCAAUACUUUAAAUGAAGUAGCAGAACCGCAAGGAGAAGGCAAAGAAGCUGAGGAAAUUCAGGCACACUCUGAAGAAGCAGCUCCAGCAGCCAAUAUUUCACCUCAAAUCGAAACUAAACCUCCUGUUGAGGUUACUGCUGCGGAGGAAAGAGGUGAGCCGGAAACCAAAGCAUAUAUUCAGCAACCUGAAUUCAUGGAUAAGCUUCCGCUUCACCCAAUUGUGACGGGAGGCUUACUUGAAGAAGACAGCACGACUGCGGAACAUGCCAAGCCUGAAGAAGCCAAAGCAUCCACAGAAAUGCCAGCUCCCGCACCUUGUUCCGAAGCGGAGAUAACGGAAACCAAAGCUUUAGGUGAAGCAGCGGAACCCGAAGCAGGAGCCAAAACGGCAGAUGAAAUUCCAGCACACAUUGAACAAGCAGCUCCUGCAGCCGAAACUGUAGCUAAGAUCGAAGCUAAACCUGUUGUGGAGGUUACUGCUGCAGAAGAAAGAGGAGAGCCAGAAGCGAAAGCAGAUAUUCAGCCGAUUGAAAUUGUGGAUCACCUUGCCCUUUCCCCAAUGGUGUCGGGAGGCCUACUUGAAGAAGGCACCACGAUUACGGAACAUACCAAGCCUGAAGAAGCCAAAGCAUCAGAAAUUACAGUUGCCGAACCUUGUCCCGUAGCCGAGAUAUCUGAUACCAAAGCUAUAGUUGAAGUAUCGGAACCUCAAACGGAACCCAAAGCGCCUGAGGAGAUGCAUGUACACACUGAAGAAGCAGCUCCAGCAGCCGAAAUUGCACCUCAGGUCGAAACUAAACCUGCUGUUGAGCCUACCCCAAUAGUAGAAAGAGUAGAGCCCAAAGGCGAUAUUGAGCCACCUGAAACUGCGGAUAAGCUUCCCCUUCACCCAAUGGUAACGGGAGGCCUACUUGAAGAAGACACCCCGAUUACGGAACAUGCGAGUCCUGAAGAAGCCAAAGCAUCAGAAAUUACAGUUGCCGAACCUUGUCCCGUAGCCGAGAUAUCUGAGACCAAAGAUAUAGUUGAAGUAUCGGAACCUCAAACGGAACCCAAAGCGCCUGAGGAGAUGCAUGUACACACUGAAGAAGCAGCUCCAGCAGCCGAAAUUGCACCUCAGGUCGAAACUAAACCUGCUGUUGAGCCUACUCCAAUAGUAGAAAGAGCAGAGCCCAAAGGCGAUAUUGAGCCACCUGAAAUUGCGGAUAAGCUUCCCCUUCACCCAAUGGUAACGGGAGGCCUACUUGAAGAAGACACCCCGAUUACGGAACAUGCGAGGCCUGAAGAAGCCAAAGCAUCAGAAAUUACAGUUGCCGAACCUUGUCCCGUAGCCGAGAUAUCUGAGACCAAAGCUAUAGUUGAAGUAUCGGAACCUCAAACGGAACCCAAAGCGCCUGAGGAAAUGCAUGUACACACUGAAGAAGCAGCUCCAGCAGCCGAAAUUGCACCUCAGGUCGAAACUAAACCUGCUGUUGAGCCUACUCCAAUAGUAGAAAGAGUAGAGCCCAAAGGCGAUAUUGAGCCACCUGAAAUUGCGGAUAAGCUUCCCCUUCACCCAAUGGUAACGGGAGGCCUACUUGAAGAAGACACCCCGAUUACGGAACAUGCGAGGCCUGAAGAAGCCAAAGCAUCAGAAAUUACAGUUGCCGAACCUUGUCCCGUAGCCGAGAUAUCUGAGACCAAAGCUAUAGUUGAAGUAUCGGAACCUCAAACGGAACCCAAAGCGCCUGAGGAGAUGCAUGUACACACUGAAGAAGCAGCUCCAGCAGCCGAAAUUGCACCUCAGGUCGAAACUAAACCUGCUGUUGAGCCUAAUCCAAUAGUGGAAAGAGCAGAGCCCAAAGGCGAUAUUGAGCCACCUGAAAUUGCGGAUAAGCUUCCCCUUCACCCAAUGGUAACGGGAGGCCUACUUGAAGAAGACACCCCGAUUACGGAACAUGCGAGGCCUGAAGAAGCCAAAGCAUCAGAAAUUACAGUUGCCGAACCUUGUCCCGUAGCCGAGAUAUCUGAGACCAAAGCUAUAGUUGAAGUAUCGGAACCUCAAACGGAACCCAAAGCGCCUGAGGAGAUGCAUGUACACACUGAAGAAGCAGCUCCAGCAGCCGAAAUUGCACCUCAGGUCGAAACUAAACCUGCUGUUGAGCCUACCCCAAUAGUAGAAAGAGUAGAGCCCAAAGGCGAUAUUGAGCCACCUGAAAUUGCGGAUAAGCUUCCCCUUCACCCAAUGGUAACGGGAGGCCUACUUGAAGAAGACACCCCGAUUACGGAACAUGCGAGUCCUGAAGAAGCCAAAGCAUCAGAAAUUACAGUUGCCGAACCUUGUCCCGUAGCCGAGAUAUCUGAGACCAAAGAUAUAGUUGAAGUAUCGGAACCUCAAACGGAACCCAAAGCGCCUGAGGAGAUGCAUGUACACACUGAAGAAGCAGCUCCAGCAGCCGAAAUUGCACCUCAGGUCGAAACUAAACCUGCUGUUGAGCCUACUCCAAUAGUAGAAAGAGCAGAGCCCAAAGGCGAUAUUGAGCCACCUGAAAUUGCGGAUAAGCUUCCCCUUCACCCAAUGGUAACGGGAGGCCUACUUGAAGAAGACACCCCGAUUACGGAACAUGCGAGGCCUGAAGAAGCCAAAGCAUCAGAAAUUACAGUUGCCGAACCUUGUCCCGUAGCCGAGAUAUUUGAGACCAAAGCUAUAGUUGAAGUAUCGGAACCUCAAACGGAACCCAAAGCGCCUGAGGAAAUGCAUGUACACACUGAAGAAGCAGCUCCAGCAGCCGAAAUUGCACCUCAGGUCGAAACUAAACCUGCUGUUGAGCCUACUCCAAUAGUAGAAAGAGUAGAGCCCAAAGGCGAUAUUGAGCCACCUGAAAUUGCGGAUAAGCUUCCCCUUCACCCAAUGGUAACGGGAGGCCUACUUGAAGAAGACACCCCGAUUACGGAACAUGCGAGGCCUGAAGAAGCCAAAGCAUCAGAAAUUACAGUUGCCGAACCUUGUCCCGUAGCCGAGAUAUCUGAGACCAAAGCUAUAGUUGAAGUAUCGGAACCUCAAACGGAACCCAAAGCGCCUGAGGAGAUGCAUGUACACACUGAAGAAGCAGCUCCAGCAGCCGAAAUUUCACCUCAGGUCGAAACUAAACCUGCUGUUGAGCCUAAUCCAAUAGUGGAAAGAGCAGAGCCCAAAGGCGAUAUUGAGCCACCUGAAAUUGCGGAUAAGCUUCCCCUUCACCCAAUGGUAACGGGAGGCCUACUUGAAGAAGACACCCCGAUUACGGAACAUGCGAGGCCUGAAGAAGCCAAAGCAUCAGAAAUUACAGUUGCCGAACCUUGUCCCGUAGCCGAGAUAUCUGAGACCAAAGCUAUAGUUGAAGUAUCGGAACCUCAAACGGAACCCAAAGCGCCUGAGGAAAUGCAUGUACACACUGAAGAAGCAGCUCCAGCAGCCGAAAUUGCACCUCAGGUCGAAACUAAACCUGCUGUUGAGCCUACUCCAAUAGUAGAAAGAGUAGAGCCCAAAGGCGAUAUUGAGCCACCUGAAAUUGCGGAUAAGCUUCCCCUUCACCCAAUGGUAACGGGAGGCCUACUUGAAGAAGACACCCCGAUUACAGAACAUGCGAGGCCUGAAGAAGCCACAGCAUCAACAGAAAUGCCAGCUCCCGCACCGUGUUCCGAAGCCAAGAUAACUGAAACCAACGCUUUAGGUGAAGCAGCGGAACCUGAAGCAGAAGCCGAAACGGCAGAGGAAAUUCCAGCACAAAUUGAAGAAUCAGCUCCUGCAGCCGAAACUGCAGCUCAGGUCGAAACUAAGCCUGUUGUGGAGGUUGCUGCUGCAGAAGAAAGAGGGGAGCCAGAAGCGAAAGCAGAUAUUCAGCCGCCUGAAAUCGUGGAUCAGCUUGCCCUUUCCCCAAUGGUGUCGGGAGGCCUACUUGAAGAAGAUAUCACGAUUAUGGAACAUGCCAAGCCUGAAGAAGCCGAAGCAUCAGAAAUAACAGUUGCCGAACCUUGUCCCGUAGCCGAGAUAUCUGAGACCAAAGCUAUAGUUGAAGUAUCGGAACCUCAAACGGAACCCAAAGCGCCUGAGGAAAUGCAUGUACACACUGAAGAAGCAGCUCCAGCAGCCGAAAUUGCACCUCAGGUCGAAACUAAACCUGCUGUUGAGCCUACUCCAAUAGUAGAAAGAGUAGAGCCCAAAGGCGAUAUUGAGCCACCUGAAAUUGCGGAUAAGCUUCCCCUUCACCCAAUGGUAACGGGAGGCCUACUUGAAGAAGACACCCCGAUUACGGAACAUGCGAGGCCUGAAGAAGCCACAGCAUCAACAGAAAUGCCAGCUCCCGCACCGUGUUCCGAAGCCGAGAUAACUGAAACCAAAGCUUUAGGUGAAGCAGCGGAACCUGAAGCAGAAGCCAAAACGGCAGAGGAAAUUCCAGCACAAAUUGAAGAAUCAGCUCCUGCAGCCGAAACUGCAGCUCAGGUCGAAACUAAGCCUGUUGUGGAGGUUGCUGCUGCAGAAGAAAGAGGGGAGCCAGAAGCGAAAGCAGAUAUUCAGCCGCCUGAAAUCGUGGAUCAGCUUGCCCUUUCCCCAAUAGUGUCGGGAGGCCUACUUGAAGAAGAUAUCACGAUUAUGGAACAUGCCAAGCCUGAAGGAGCCGAAGCAUCAGAAAUAACAGCUGCCACACCUAGGCCCGCCGCCGAGACAUCUGACACCAAUACUUUAAAUGAAGUAGCAGAACCGCAAGGAGAAGGCAAAGAAGCUGAGGAAAUUCAGGCACACUCUGAAGAAGCAGCUCCAGCAGCCAAUAUUUUACCUCAAGUCGAAGCUAAACCUCCUGUUGAGGUUACUGCUGCGGAGGAAAGAGGUGAGCCGGAAACCAAAGCAUAUAUUCAGCAACCUGAAUUCAUGGAUAAGCUUCCGCUUCACCCAAUUGUGACGGGAGGCUUACUUGAAGAAGACAGCACGAUUACGGAACAUGCCAAGCCUGAAGAAGCCAAAGCAUCCACAGAAAUGCCAGCUCCCGCACCUUGUUCCGAAGCCGAGAUAACGGAAACCAAAGCUUUAGGUGAAGCAGCGGAACCCGAAGCAGAAGCCAAAACGACAGAGGAAAUUCCAGCACACAUUGAAGAAGCAGCUCCUGCAGCCGGAACUGCAGCUCAGGUCGAAACUAAACCUGUUGUGGAGGUUACUGCUGCCGAAGAAAGAGGGGAACCAGAAGCGAAAGCAGAUAUUCAGCCGCCUGAAAUCGUGGAUCAGCUUGCCCUUUCCCCAAUAGUGUCGGGAGGCCUACUUGAAGAAGAUAUCACGAUUAUGGAACAUGCCAAGCCUGAAGGAGCCGAAGCAUCAGAAAUAACAGCUGCCACACCUAGUCCCGCCGCCGAGACAUCUGACACCAAUACUUUAAAUGAAGUAGCAGAACCGCAAGGAGAAGGCAGAGAAACGGAGGAAAUUCAGGCACACUCUGAAGAAGCAGCUCCAGCAGCCAAUAUUUUACCUCAAGUCGAAACUAAACCUCCAGUUGAGGUUACUGCUGCGGAGGAAAGAGGUGAGCCGGAAACCAAAUCAUAUAUUCAGCAACCUGAAUUCAUGGAUAAGCUUCCGCUUCACCCAAUUGUGACGGGAGGCCUACUUGAAGAAGACACCACGAUUGCGGAACAUGCAAGGCCUGAAGAAGGCACAGCAUCAACCAAAAUGCCAGUUGCCACACCCUGUCCCAAACCCGAGAUUUCUGAGACCAAAGCUACUGUUGUAGUUGACCCUCAAGCAGAGGCGAAAGCGGCUGAGGAAAUUCAGGCACACACUGAAGAAGCAGCUCCAACAGCCGAAACUGCACCUCAAGUCGUAACCAUACCUCCUGUUGAGGUUACUGCUUCUGAAGCAAGAGGUGAGCCAGAAACCAAAGCAGAUAUUCAGCAACCUGAAUUUAUCGAUAAGCUUCCUCUUCACCAAAUGGUUACAGGAGGCCUACUUGAAGAAGACAGCACGAUUACGCAACGUGUCAAGCCUCAAGAAGCCAAAACAUCCACAGAAAUGCCAGUCGCCUCACCUUGUCCCGUAGCCGAGAUAUCUGAGACCAAAUCUGUAAUUGAAGCAAUGGAACGUCACGCAGAAGCCAAAGUGGCUGAGGAAAUUCAAGCGCGCACUGAAGAGGUAGCACCAGCGGCUGAAAUUGCAGGUCAGGUCGAAAGUAAACUUCUUAUUGAGGUUACUGUUGUUGAAGAAAAGGGUGAGCCAGAAACCAAAGCAGAUAAUCAGCAACUUGAAUUUAUGGAUAAGCUUCCUCUUCACCCAAUGGUGACGGGAGGCCUACUUGAAGAAGACAGCACGAUUACAGAACAUUCCAAGCCUGAAGAAGCCAAAGCAUCCAAAGAAAUGCCAGUUGCCGCACCUUGUCCCGUAGCCGAGAUAUCUGAGAGCAAAGCUUUAGAUGAAGUAGCAGAACCUCAAGGAGAAGCCAAAGUGGUUGAGGAAAUUCAAGCACACACUGAAGAAGCAGUUCCUGCAGCCGAAACUGUAGCUCAGGUCGAAACUAAACCUGCUGUUCAGGUUACUGCUGCAGAAGAAAGAGUAGAGCCAGAAGCUAAAGCCGAUAUUCAGCGACCUGAAAUUGUUGAUAAGCUUCCCCUUCACCCAGUGGUGACGGGAGGCCUACUUGAAGAAGACAGCACGAUUACGGAACAUGCCAAGCCUGAAGAAGGCAAAGGAUCAACGGAAAUGCCAGUUGCCGCACCUUGUCCCAUAGCCGAGAUAUCUGAGACCAAAGCUUUAGUUGAAGAAGCGGAACCUCAAGCAGAAGCGAAAAAGGCUGAGGAAAUUCAAGGACAUGCUGAAGAAGUAGCUCCAGCAGCCGAAAUUGCAGCUCAUGUCGAAACUAAACUUGCUGUGGAGGCUGCUGCUGCUGAAGAAAGAGGUGGACUGGAAGCUAAAGCAGAUAUUCAGCCACCUGAAAUGACGGAUGAGCUCCUCCUUCACCCAAUGGUGACGGGAGGGCUACUUGAAGGAGACAGCACGAUCGCGGAACAAGUGAAGCCUGAAGAAACCAAAGCAACAGGGGAAGGGCCAGUGGCUGGGCCUUAUCCCUUAGCCGAUAUAUCUGGGGAGACCAAAGUUUUAGUGGAAGUAGCUGAACCUCAAAGAGAAUCCAAAAUGACCGAGGAAAUUCAGGCACACACUGAAGCAGUGCCAGUAGCAAAAAGUGCAGCUCAGGUCGAAAUUGAACCUCUUGUUGAGGCUACUGCUGCAAAAGAAAUAGGUGAGCCUGAAGCCAAAGGAGAUAUUCAAGCAUCUGAUUUUACGGAUGAGCUUUCCUUUCACCCAAGGGUAACGGGAGGGUUACUUGAAGGGGACAGCAGGAUUACAGAAGCUGUGAAAUCUGAAGAAACCAAACCAACAGCUGAGGAGCCAGUGGCGAGCCCUCGUCCUGUCGAAAGAACCGUCUUGGAGGAACAAGCGAUUGCUUCUAAAGUAGCUGAAGCUUUUGGUGGUCCUUCUGUUGUACUUUGUGCGUCAGGUGUUGACGUAUCAGGGGUUCUUGCUGAAAAACUAGCGCCCAUAUCUCUCGCAAAAGACCUUCCUUCCUCUUCGACCAAAGAUGUAAGCGAUGGUGAGAGCAAAAUUGAGCCAGGAGACAUCCGCGCGGCGGAAUUGUCUCCCGCCCGUCUUCACAAAUCUGAAUCCCUCGACGAAAUUGAAAGGCAAGCCAAAGCUGUGUUUAGUACAGAUGCUGCUGAGGCUACACAUUUUGCAUUUAGUGUUAAAAAGCCUUCCCUGACUGACACUUGCUCGCAGACUCAGCUCCCCGCGUCUUCUCUCAAGCGCCGUCUGUCGUGGACGUCUGCUCAAAAUGCCGGUAAAACGCCGAUAGCAGACGAAGUAAAAACACUCUACAUAGAUGCGGGUGUUCUUUUUGGCGGCCCACAGUACGAUUCAGACCAGAUCUCUCUAGACCGCGCAUCUACGUCCUCACAGGCCGCCGCUGACACAACGGAGCCCCCUAAAGAAUUUCCUCUGAGAGCUGAAAAUGCUUUGGAACUUGAGUUGGGUUUUGUGCCCACUACAGAUGAUGAUGUGGACACAGGUCAGAGUGGCCGCUCACAGCCGUCGUCUACGCCAGUCGGAGAGUAUUUGCCGAAUAGGGAAAGUGGUGUGCCGCCUCCUAUAUUGUCUGAGAAAAAUCAUUCAUCUGAAGUAGAGCUGUCGGAUAGCACGAGGGAAGCUCGCCCAUCUGAACUCGAAAAGCCCUUCAAAGAAAGUGAAGAUGGUGACGGUGCCCCAGCAAAAGGAAUAAAAGCAACGCCGGAAGAAACCGAAGACCUGCCCCAUCGAAUUCGUGAGCAAGUUGGCAACGACGAACAAUUGCGUUCAGCUUCCCCCUGUGUUCUGGAUUUGACUGGCAAUGCGCUCGUAAAUGGUACGAGCUAUUCUGGUGUAAAUCUACCUGAAGUCUCUCCAAAUUUGAUUCAAGGGAAGCAAACAGGAUGCCUGCUUAGCCCGCUAACUAGUGAAUACGAAAAGCAGCUCGUGGAAAUUGUGCGAAGCGAAAUAACAGAAAAAACUGAGCCACCUAUCCGCAAUGAUCAUGAACACACAACUGAAAACGCUCUUUCAGUGGAACAUGAGCUGCCUGAUGUAGUAGAGCAGCAAUCAGUGAAACACGCUUCAGCAGAAAUCGCGGAGUCCACGACAAUGCCGGUGCUAGUUGAGCUAGUGGCCAUGGACAAAGCCUCUGCAAAUCCUAAUAUUCUAGAAUACCAUGGAGAAGUCGCUGAGAGAGAAACUGCAUAUGACAGGAAAGUCGAUAAAGCAGUAACUCCAUCUUCAGUACCAGAAGACGUUAUGUACACUGAUUCUCACGUGGAACAGGACUUGUCUGGGUUGAAACCACGUCUUAGUGAAAGAGAAGUCCCAAGAGAAGUUGAAAUUGAACUCACGGCAAACACGGGGCAGCCACAUGCAGCGAAUGAUGCAGUGGCUCCCAGUCAUGAUGUAACGCAAUGUGAAGGUAAGCUGGUUGAGAGAGAAACUGAAAGAACUCGUCCUUACACAACAGAAGCAUCCCCACUCUGUACGGAACCUAUGCCAAAAGCAGGCGUUGGAAUGGAUGUUUCGGUAAUUGCAGCACAGGUGGACGCUGUGCCAAUAAUAAAGGCCAGCGUUUCUUCGAACACAGAGCUUGUGGGAUACCACGAGCAACAAGUGGAGAAUAGAGUACCCAACGAAGAAGAAAUAGGUGCUGAUAAAUCAGAUGUUAUAACCACAGAACGUACAAAUAAAACAGCAGUGGAAGCUGCUAUGGUGGAAGCAAUGCAUACUGAUAGGGAAUCGGAAGAAAGAAUCGAGCAUAAGAAUUUAUUGGAGGAGACUACCGCGUUAAGUAAAGCGCCACUUGCUAUAAACCAAGAUCGAGAGACAGAGCCAGCGCUUUCUAAUGAUUUGGAACAGCGUGAGCGUUCCUCUAGUGUGUCAACGGAUCAUGAUAAGACAAUUCCACCUGCAGAAAGUGACGAUUUUCUUCCAGAGGGAAUACCAGACCCCGUUUCCUGUUUAGGAGGAUUCUUCGAUGAGCAGGGUGCAUCGCAAAUAACUCUUCAAAGCACUCAAGAUCACGGCGUAACUUCUGAUGGGUUGGAAGAAAAGGUUUACAUAAUUAAGGGCACUGAAUCUUCAAAAAAAGAAAAAGACGUAAGCGGAGCAACGAGAGAACUGGAAACGCAGUCAGCGUUCAUUAGCAACGAAGCUGCUGUGGAGGGGGUUGAAAGUUUGCGGUCGGCGCCUGCAGUCACAGAAGAGGACAAACCUCCUAAGAAUGCAAGCGCAAUUUCACUGGAACGUGCUAAGCAAGAAGGGUUCGAAGACACUGGAAAACUACGGCAGGCAGAAGACAGGAUUACCACCUAUGUCUUGUCCAGUAUAACCGAAAGAAAGCCGUCCUCUGGAGAACGAGACGUGGCGUCACCUAAAAAAGAAGUGGAUGAGCACAAGCCUUCUCUUUCUGGAAAAUAUGAGUCGCCAGAGGGAGCCGAAGGCUGGCAGUCACCACCUGCAGUUAUAGAAGAAGAUGCACUUCCUGGGGAUCCAAGUGCAGUUUCACUAGAAAACGGCCUACGUGAUACUGACGAAGGUACUCGAAAAGUAGGGCACACGGAAGAAAAGCGUACGACAAAAGCCUCACCCAGUGCCGCCAAAACGAAGUCAUACCCUGAAGAGAAGAACAUGACGUUGACAAAGGCAGAAGUUGGUGAGCACAAGCCUCCUCUUUCUACGAAGGAUCAAUCAUCCGAAGAAGUUGAAGACUGGCAGUCACCUCCAGGAGUUGUGGAAGUGAAUGCAUUGCCUGACGAUGCAAUUGCAGUAUCAUCAGAACAGGGCAACCAGCAAGGCUACGAAGGCACUGGAAAAGUGAUGCACACUGGGGAAGAAAAACCUAUCACCGGACUAUUUUCUAGUGCAACCGAAGCAGUGCCAUCCACUGUAGACAAGGACAUGGCAAGUCCGAGUACUGAAGUGGCUGAGCACAAACCUAAUUUUUCUGGAAAGGAUCUGACUUCGGAGAGGGCUGAAGGCUGGCAGUCACCUCCUGGAGUUAAAGAGCAGGCACUUCCGGAGUAUGCAAGGGAAGCAUCACCAGAACAGAGCAAACAGGAAGGCUACGAAGGCACCAGAAAGAUAAUCCACACCGGAGAAGAAAAACCAGUCACCGAACUAUUUCCUAGUGCAACCGAAGCCUUUCCAUCCAUGGUAGACAAGGAAAUGGCGAGUCCGAGUGCUGAAGGGGCUGAGCACAAGUCUGCUCUUUCUGGAAAGAAUCAGUCCUCGGAGGGGGCUGAAGGUUGGAAGUCACCUCCUGGAGUUAUAGAAGAGCAGGCAUUUACUCAGGACGCAAGUGCAGUAUCACUAGAACAUACUAAACAGGAAGGCUAUGAAGGCACUGGAAAAGUGAUGCACACCGGAGAAGAACCUAUCACCGGAGUAUUACCUAGUACAACUGAAGCAAUGCCAUCGACGGUAGACAAGGACAUAACAAGUGCUAGUACUGAAGUGGCUGAGCCCAAGCCUCCCUUUCCGGGAAAGGAUGUGACCUCGCAGGGGGCUGAAGGCUGGCAGUCACCACCUGAAGUUAGAGAAGAGCAGCCACUUCCGGAGGAUGCAAGUGCAGCAUCACUAGAACACAGAAAACAGGAAGACUACGAAGGCACCGGAAAUGUAAUGCACAACGAAGAAGAAAAACCCAUCACCGGAGUAUUGCCUAGUGCAACUGAAGCAAUGCCAUCCACUGUAGACAAGGACAUGGCAAGUCUGAGUACUGAAGUAGCUGAGCACACGCCUCAUCUUUCUGGAAAGGAUCUGACUUCGGAGGGGGCUGAAGGCUGGCAGUCACCUCCUGGAGUUAGAGAAGAGCAGGCACUUCCGGAGUAUGCAAGGGCAGCAUCACCAGAACACAGCAAACAGGAAGGCUACGAAGGCACCAGAAAGGCAAUCCACACCGGAGAAGAAAAACCUGUCACCGAACUAUUUCCUAGUGCAACCGAAGCCUUGCCAUCCAUGGUAGACAACGAAAUGGCGAGUCCGAGUGCUGAAGAGGCUGAGCACAAGUCUGCUCUUUCUGGAAAGAAUCAAUCCUCGGAGGGGGCUGAAGGUUGGAAGUCACCUCCUGGAGUUAUAGAAGAGCAGGCAUUUACGCAGGACGCAAGUUCUGUGUCACUAGAACACACUAAGCAGAAAGCCUACGAAGGCACUGGAAAAGUGAUGCACACUGGGGAAGAAAAACCUAUCACCGGACUAUUUUCUAGUGCAACCGAAGCAGUGCCAUCCGCUGUAGACAAGGACAUGGCAAGUCUGAGUACUGAAGUGGCUGAGCAAAAACCUAAUUUUUCUGGAAAGGAUCUGACUUCGGAGGGGGCUGAAGGCUGGCAGUCACCUCCUGGAGUUAGAGAAGAGCAGGCACUUCCGGAGUAUGCAAGGGAAGCAUCACCAGAACACAGCAAACAGGAAGGCUACGAAGGCACCAGAAAGAUAAUCCACACCGGAGAAGAAAAACCUGUCACCGAACUAUUUCCUAGUGCAACCGAAGCCUUUCCAUCCAUGGUAGACAAGGAAAUGGCGAGUCCGAGUGCUGAAGGGGCUGAGCACAAGUCUGCUCUUUCUGGAAAGAAUCAGUCCUCGGAGGGGACUGAAGGUUGGAAGUCACCUCCUGGAGUUAUAGAAGAGCAGGUAUUUACGCAGGACGCAAGUGCAGUAUCACUAGAACAUACUAAACAGGAAGGCUAUGAAGGCACUGGAAAAGUGAUGCACACCGGAGAAGCACCUAUCACCGGAGUAUUACCUAGUACAACUGAAGCAAUGCCAUCGACUGUAGACAAGGACAUAACAAGUGCCAGUACUGAAGUGGCUGAGCCCAAGCCUCCCUUUCCGGGAAAGGAUGUGACCUCGCAGGGGGCUGAAGGCUGGCAGUCACCACCUGAAGUUAGAGAAGAGCAGCCACUUCCGGAGGAUGCAAGUGCAGCAUCACUAGAACACAGAAAACAGGAAGACUACGAAGGUACCGGAAAUGUAAUGCACAACGAAGAAGAAAAACCCAUCACCGGAGUAUUGCCUAGUGCAACUGAAGCAAUGCCAUCCACUGUAGACAAGGACAUGGCAAGUCUGAGUACUGAAGUAGCUGAGCACACGCCUCAUCUUUCUGGAAAGGAUCUGACUUCGGAGGGGGCUGAAGGCUGGCAGUCACCUCCUGGAGUUAGAGAAGAGCAGGCACUUCCGGAGUAUGCAAGGGCAGCAUCACCAGAACACAGCAAACAGGAAGGCUACGAAGGCACCAGAAAGGCAAUCCACACCGGAGAAGAAAAACCUGUCACCGAACUAUUUCCUAGUGCAACCGAAGCCUUGCCAUCCAUGGUAGACAAGGAAAUGGCGAGUCCGAGUGCUGAAGAGGCUGAGCACAAGUCUGCUCUUUCUGGAAAGAAUCAGCCCUCGGAGGGGGCUGAAGGUUGGAAGUCACCUCCUGGAGUUACAGAAGAGCAGGCAUUUACGCAGGACGCAAGUGCAGUAUCACUAGAACAUACUAAACAGGAAGGCUAUGAAGGCACUGGAAAAGUGAGGCACACCGGAGAAGAACCUGUCACCGGAGUAUUACCUAGUACAACUGAAGCAAUGCCAUCGACUGUAGACAAGGACAUGACAAGUGCUAGUACUGAAGUGGCUGAACCCAAGCCUCAUCUUUCUGUAAAGGAUCAGCCUUCGGAGGGGGCUGAAGGCCGGCAAUCACCGACUCAAGUUAUAGAAGAGCAGCCAGUUCCGGUGGAUGCAAGGGCAGCAGCAUCAGAACACAGCAAACAGGAAGGCUACGAAGGUACCGAAAAAAUAAUGCACACCGGAGAAGAAAAACCUAUCACCGAAGUAUUGCCUACUGCAAGCGAAGCAAUGCCAUCCUCUGUACACAAGGACAUGGCAAGUACGAGUACUGAAGGGGCUGAGCACAAGCCUCCCUUUCCGGGAAAGGAUGUGACCUCGCAGUGGGCUGAAGGCUGGCAGUCACCACCUCAAGUUAGAGAAGAGCAGCCACUUCCGGAGGAUGCAAGUGCAGCAUCACUAGAACACAGAAAACAGGAAGACUACGAAGGCACCGGAAAGGUAAUACACAAAGAAGAAGAAAAACCCAUCACCGGAGUAUUGCCUAGUGCAACUGAAGCAAUGCCAUCCACUGUAGACAAGGACAUGGCAAGUCUGAGUACUGAAGUGGCUGAGCACACGCCUAAUCUUUCUGGAAAGGAUCAGUCCUCGGAGGGGGCUGAAGGCCGGCAGUCACUGACUGAAGUUAUAGCUGAGCAGGCACUUCAGGAAGAUGCAAGUGCGGUAUCACUGGAACACAGUAAACAGGAAGGCUACGGCAUCCCUAGAAAAGUGGUGCGCACCGGUGCAGACAAACCUGUCGCCGAAGUAUCGCCCAGUACAACCGAAGCAAUGUCAUCCACUGUAGAGAAGGAGAUGGCGUUGCCAAGAACAGAAGUGGUUGAGCACAGACCACCUCCUUCCUGCAAGCUAACCCAAUUUCUUGCUUCAGGUAUAUCGGGUAGAGAUGACGAAGAUAGCUGGCCUCGCCGCCCUGAUAAGGAUACGGCCAGGAAAAGCAAACAAGCUACUCCUCCUCGAGAGUCUGCGUAUCCUUUAAAUCUAACUGCACCGACCAACAGGCGUGAAAAGGUUGAGAGCAACCCAACAGCAAGCCAACCUUUAGGCACAGAUUUCUCGCACAGCGCCACCUCUACGCGAAGAAUUAGUCCACCACACCAUGGCAGCGAAGUCCAGUCGCUUCUUUGCUGCAAGAUUUGUGGGCAGUCCUUCUUCCGCAGUAACCCAACGCACGCCGAAUUGUGUUCGGGCUACCACAAGGACGCAGCCCUUCCUGCUGCUACAAGCGGCGUCCCACCUUCGCCGCAGUUUCUUGAGAAGUACGUGCUCAGUGUUGUGGACGAAGACGACGUUAGCGACGUUCUGCGACAAGCAUGGAGAGAUGAAGAGACUGCAAUCCUUGCUUCUACCGUGUGGUCGCUGUACCGCUGCGUCCCCAGCUCCUUCUACGUCAUCAGGGAGCGGGAAAAGCGACCGACAUCUCGAGGUGACGUGUGCGCGUCGGCCUGCGUCAUCACGUUCGGCGACGAAGUGUCCGUCUGCGGCUUCUUCCACGUGUCCCGGGAGCGCUACAACACGGGCCUGAGCCGCAUGCUCUGGAGCCGAAUGCUGGACGCGUGCCAGGGCAAAAACAUGUGCGCCGUGAUGCCGCAGGGGCGCGCCCAACCGUUCCUCGAUCGCUACCACUUCCACGUGUCCUACUGGGGCGACAUCGUCUACUGCCACGUCACCUUGCGCAAGGGCUCUUUCCCGGCUCCCAGUGGUGGAAGCGGGACUGGCGUGCUCGUCAGGGACUUGGACUUGAAGCGCGACGCGGAGUCCGUGAUCGAGUACGACCACGGCGUGCUCGGUUUCGACAGGAGUUACUACCUUCGCGUCGCGCUCGCCGAAGAAGAGCAGACGGUCAAGGUGGCCACGGUCGCGUCCUCCGAAGGUCGCGUAGUGGUGGUCGGGUACGCGGGCGUCCAGGUGGACCAGCGCGGACGGCCCGCGCUGCGCUGGCUUCUGGCGGACGGCGACGAAGCGGCGCAAGCCCUGAUGCACUCCGUGGUCGAGACGUGCCCCAAGAUCCGAGAGAAGGGAUUGGUGGGCGUCUUCUACGCGGCGUCGCACGCGGCGGGCGUCAUACUGAACAGCGUCGACAUUGAUUUCAUGGAGCCCUGGGCGCUUCUCUACAACAAAAGGGAACCGUUCUUGAGAUACGAUAGGAUUGUCAGUCUCACCAGCAUCUAAACGGCGGCCGAGUCGUAUACGUGAAGAAUAAAAUUCCUGCAGGCGCGCGCUUUAA